CCGCUCUUCACGGUGCACGGGGAGGAGCCGCUGCCGCUGGCCGCCAUCCGCGCCGCCCUCUUUGAGAGCGCACCGCCGCCGCCGCACCGCGCCACCCGCAGCCAGCCCCUGCAGUCCAGCAGCUUCCUCCACCACCUCGACCGCGUCACCCAGGAGGUGCUGGCCGCCGUCAUGGCCGCCCAGAGGAGCGGGGCGCAGCCCGGGGAGGUGGUCUGUGUCCCCGGCGUUGCCGAAGGGCUGGUGCUGAACAGGCCCGUGAGCAUGGCUGAGCUGAGCCGCCUGCGGAGGCAGUUCAUCAGCUACACCAAGAUGCAGCCCAGUGACGAAAACUUGCCCCAGUUGGCCAGCAUGUUCCUGCAGUACCUGAGCCGCAGCAUCCAGUGAACCCUGUCACCUGUGCCACGCACAGCAGUGGCCGUGGUCUGGUCCCAAAGUACUUGCAACAGUAAGAACAUGCCUUCCAGCCACAGACCCCUUGGAGCCUGGGUCCCACCUAUUGCAUAUUGGAUCACGAGGCAACAGCAGCUCUGGGAAGAUGGAUGCCGUGUCCCUGCAGCAGCGGAGCAAGCUAUAUUGCUAAAAGGAUCUGUAGGGAUGCUGUUCCCCCACCCCUGCAUUCUCCCCACUUGCAUCUUUCAAAAAGGAGAGCUACUGUUGCAUCCCCAAGCAAGUGAAGUCUCCUAUGGAGACCUAAACCCCAGUAAUCAAAGUGUCUGAACAUGAAAGCCCAAAAGGUGGUGACCGUAGGGAAGACUUUUCCCUUCCACAUUGGCAUGUGUAUGUCUUGAAUAAGAAGAUUGUUCUUCCGAGACUGUCUCCAGAUAAUGUCAAACUGCAGAAGAGACUUCAGGUCCAGAACUGGGAUAGGCUGUAUUUUUAGGAUGUGACUGUCUCAAAAAAUCCUACUGAACCCAAGAGAUAGAUUUGCAAAUUCUGUGCAACAGAAGGGCGCUGGCUUAGCAAACUCAAACCUCUCUGUUUCAGGUUUAACAAUAAAAUGUGUGCCUUAAUUGGAGUAAAGUCUUAAUUUACCUGCAGGACUAUUCUAUUGAAAUAACUUGCUAUGUCUUUUCUCUGCAAGGUCAUCAUUAAACGCCUUUAAAAACACUAAUUGUUUAAGAGUGAGUGCUCUCAUAGGAAAAAUGAGCUGAAA